AUGGCGGUUGUGGAGGUUAAUAAUACUUCAUCCUGGUCAGAAAAAGCCAUGAAUCGUCUAGUUAGACGAUUUGUCAUGAUAUGUUUACAGUUUGAUAUUCUCAUUAAAAGUGAGCAUAUUCCAGGCAUGAAUGACUCCAUUGCUGAUUCAAUUUCUCGUGAGCCAUGGGCAAGAUUCAGAGAGCUAGCCCCCAAAACAGACAGUCAGCCGACCUCUAUUCCAAUUCAGUUGUGGGAGAUACAUCUGAGCAAGUCAACGAUUAAGGUCAUCAAAUCUAACGCUUUCGUCCAUCUUCCGGAACUGAAGGAACUAUACAUUAAAGAUGCCACGGAACUCGAAGAGUUUCAACAGGACGCCUUUGUUGGUUUAGACAAGUUGGAAAUUCUAUCCAUCUACGGCUGUGACAAACUGACAAGCAUUGGUCAUGGCGUCCUAAACUCGUUCCAGUCACUCCACACACUGUACAUCCGCCGAAGUGGACUUACGGAAGUUCCUGAUUUCUCUUUAUUCAAUACAAGUUACCAGAACCUUGGAGUCAUGCAAGAAAUUGACCUCAGUGUCAAUCACAUCACCUCUGUGAAGAAGGAUGCUUUCCAAGGAGUCAAGACCUUCAAACUAAUUUUAGAGAAUAACAUCAUUAGACAAGUGGAGAACAUGGCAUUUCGAGGAGCACUUGUUAAUAAGCUAUAUCUUACCAGAAACGUGGCUUUGACAGAUCUAGGUGAAGAGGCCUUUGUAGGCGUCAAGGAACUCAAUACUUUGGGCCUGUCAGCCACUAGCAUCAGGACACUGCCGACUGUUGGUCUGGAUGACUUGGAGGAACUCCUCUUGGAGAACACCCCGUCCCUGAGGCACUUCCCGUCGGUGGUCAAGUACCAGAAGUUAACAGUGGCCAAGCUUACCUACCCCCACCAUUGCUGUGCAUUCAAGAACCCAGAGAUCCAGAACCCGGACGAAUGGGAGAAGCACGAGAGACUUCAAGAGUCGGUAAGGGCAAAGUGCGCUACUACAAUGUCCCCAUCCACCGACCAGCACACGACCAUCGGAGAGGAGCAGUUGACCGCUUCCGGCGGGGGACGUCGGAAAGGGGUCCACAGAAAGAAACGUGUGUCAGACGAGGGAAAUGCUUGGGGGUUCGACGACAAAGGAGACCCCAUUGAUUUUGGAGACUUUCUUUCGCCAGAUAUUAAUGCUAAUGGCACCGGUUUAGACUUCGGUCUGUUCCCUCCCGAUCUCACCCCUAAACCGUCUCUAGACGGACAUUAUCCGGACACCGGAGGCGAACGUGGUGGUUUUGGUCACAUUGUACCGAUCAACCCGGAUGACAGCCAUAAACCAGUGGAGGAAGAACCGAUUGCGAAUCGCCCAGAUGGACUGUACCAUGAAGGUACGACGAUUCCGCCUAACGACAGCCACACGCUGGUGAACUGUGGCAAGGUGUUCCGAGACGUGCGCAAGGUGGAGUGUACUCCGGAACCGGACGCCUUCAACCCUUGCGAGGACGUCAUGGGGUACGAGUGGCUGCGCGUCAUAGUCUGGUUCGUUCUUCUGGCAGCUCUGCUAGGCAAUACCGUCGUCAUGUUAGUGCUAUUGAGUAACAACAGUAAACUCAGCGUGGCUAAAUUUCUUAUGUGCAAUUUGGCUUUUGCAGACUUUCUCAUGGGAGCCUACCUUCUUAUAUUGGCUUCCAUUGACAUUCAUACUCUUGGGGAAUACUUUAAUCAUGCUAUAGCUUGGCAGAAUGAAGGUGGGUGUCAAACCGCCGGUUUUUUAACCGUCUUCUCAAGCGAGCUGUCGGUUUACACUCUCUCCGUGAUUACUCUGGAAAGAUGGUAUGCCAUCAGUCACGCGAUCCAUCUUACCAAGCGACUGAAAAUGCGCCAAGCCUGCGCCAUCAUGGCCGUCGGCUGGCUGUACGCAAUUUCCAUGGCAACGCUUCCGCUUGCAGGCGUCAGUGGCUAUGGAACUGUGAGCAUUUGUUUGCCUAUGGAAAUUUCCAACAAUACGGAUAUCGCUUACGUCCUUACAAUCCUCAUUCUUAACGGGCUAGCGUUUAUUGUGAUCUGCGCGUCUUAUGUUAAUAUGUACUGGAGGGUGAGGGGCAGUGACUCUACCGCGCGUAGUAGUGACGCCACUAUAGCCAAGCGAAUGGCUUUGCUAGUCUUCACCAACUUUGCCUGCUGGGCACCCAUUGCAUUUUUUGGCCUGACGGCAUCAGCAGGACUGCCUCUUAUUGACAUUACCAAUUCCAAAGUUCUGCUUGUGUUUUUCUAUCCACUUAAUUCGUGUGCCAAUCCAUUCCUGUACGCAAUUUUGACCAAGCAAUUCAGGAGAGAUUUAUUUAUAAUACUCGCUAAAUACGGCAUUUGUACCAAGCAGGCCAACAAAUAUAAAGGUGCAGUAUCAUCCAGAUCUAUCAUCCACUCAAGAAAUAACAGUAUAGCGCUGCACAAUAUGCAGCAGAAUUCCAUGGAUGUGUCCGUAACGACACAGUGGUCCGAAUGUCAUCGAGGGUCGAGAGUCUCUCUGGGCAGCAGCACCCCCAAAACAACACCCCAGAGUGGCCCUCAUACACCAACGCAGGAUUCACCCAAGUCCUCUCCACAGCCGUCUGAUAAAAACUUACUAUCAGUUUUAGUACCGCAUGGUAGUGAGCGAAACAAAGAGGGCAGAAAAUUAAGCACAGUUCUGGAGGCCUCGCAUGUAUCAGACGACGUUGACCUCGACAUGAAAUACGUGCAGGGUUCUAAGUCAGAGAAAUUUGCGGAUUCGUCGUUCGCUGACGGUAAACACCCUUCUCGAGUCCGAAGCGUUAGUGAAUACGGAUUUUCGUGUUCUCUGCCCAAGAAAGGAAGGGGGACAAAUCUGAACGAUGCAAAUCGAAAAACAAGCCAAGACGUCAGUAUAAGCAGCACGACUGAUAUGUCAGUGAUCAGUGACUCCUCAUUUGGCGAGGCCCUUGGAAAUCACAAAGACCCUCGUGAGGAGAGUUGGGGACGCGGAAAAGAUCUGGCGGGUGGCAUUCUGAGCAAUAACGGUAACAAAUCACAGUGCCCACCUUAUACUCUGGACCUCAACUAUCAAAACACCAAGGAAACCUUUCGAGGGGAAACGAUGAACACUCCGCUGUUGUGGAAUGGUACUCGGAGUGAUGACAGCGAUGACGGAGAUGACGAGGACAGCGAAGCCGAUGCUGGCGUCAAACAACUGGUGAAGACCAAGCAAUCGAGUGCUUUGCGCACCCCAAUCCAUCCUAUAGAAACGUAUGCACCAUUAAAAGUAUGACGAUGAUUACUAGGUUAAUAACAGAAUUAUGUGCACAUGGGUUGUGAUUUUCUGCUCUGGCCUAAUAACUACAUCUCGGGUGCUGGGUCACGGUAGAAGUUAUUGAGGUUUU